AUGGACAGAACAGCCACUGUAACCAUCCUCAUCCUCCUUCUGUGUGCCAUUGCUGCAAAAGGUAAUCCAAUCCCAGUAGCACAUGAACAGUGCAAGUCCAUUCAGACCAGCUUUGAUGUUAUUCAUGCAUGUGAGAGAGCAGAGGUAAUUGUCACCCUGAGAAAUGAGAAGAAAGAGUGUGUUCAUCCUGAUGCCAAGUGCUUGCAGGCUCUCUUAACAGCCAUGAAAGGUGGGAAACAACACAAAUCAAAAAAAAACUGA